AUGGCCUCACAAAUUUCAGUAUUGCAAGGACAAGUGCAGACUUUGAUGAAUAGAAACGGGUUACCAACAUCAACAACAUCAACAACCUCAACAACAUCAUCAACUUCAAAACCAGACCCAAACCCAAACAUCCCAACACCACAAGAUGUGGAAUAUUCAUUGAACAGUAGUGCUUAUUUGCUCCUACAUCAAGCCCUUUACUACUACCUAGAAAAUGUUCUGCUCCCACUCGUCAAUGAUAAGCGUUCAAAAACAAGCUCUGAUCCUUACAAGUGGGACGAGUUUGUGGCAAUCUACCAGAAAGACAAAGACGCUUGUUCUAUUGCCAAAAAUGUACACGAUUUUAACCUUGAGGGCUUGUUCAACCAGCUGCACGAUAAAAGAGUUGAAUUUGCUCACCCAACAAUAUCAUCUAGAACAAAACCCCCACCCCCUGCCGUCGACGACAACUUUUUCGAUAGGGCCUAUCGAUUCAUUAAACAAUCAGACCUCCCUGCCACAAAGAGAAGGGCAGUAAAAAAAAUGUUAUGCAAAGCUAUGGACCAUUUCAACAUGCAAUAA